CRCGGGAGUGGUUUGCAAUKYCCAGCUUGUGAUCAACGRCAGUUUUUCUUCAAUGCCAAGCCAAACAAGAGUCGUGGGGGCGGUCGCGUGGAAUGAAUGAGAGAGAAGCAGAACGGGACACGCAAACCGUGUGCCCCGAUGUCCACGUCAUCUGUUCCCGUCGUCCCAGCCACUUGCGACACGUGGCACGACAUGAGGACAAUGAUGACGACGGUGAUGAACACGAUGAUAGUGACAAUUACGGUGGUGAUGUUGAUCUGGGCGACGAUGUCGCUGACGAUAAUGAUGAUGUUGAUGACGAUGAUGAUGUCGAUAAUGAUGUUCGUGAUGAUGAUGAUUGUGAUGACGACGAUGAUGAUGAUGACGAUGAUGAUGACGAUGAUGACGAUGUUGAUGAUGGCGAUGACAACGAAGAGGACGAUGGUGGUGAUUUCGAUGACGGCGAUGAUGUCGCUGAUGAUGAUGAUGUUGUUGAUGACGUUGAUGAUGUUGAUGAUGAUGUCGAUGAUGAUGACGAUGUUGAUGACGKUGACGAGGUUGAUGAUGAUGUUGUUGAUGAUGAUGAUGAUGUUGAUGAAGAWGAUGAUGAUCACGAUGACAAUGAUGGUGAUGAUGAUGAUGAUGAUGAAGAUGAUGACGCUGAUGGUGGUGGCGACGAUGAUGGUGAUGAUGGGGGCGAUGAUGAUGAUGAUGAUGGCAAGCAAGAAUCACGGGGCCGCUCACGACUUGAAACAAUUCUUCGAGGAGGCGCAGUUCUUCGACGACGGCGAAGCGCACAUGAUGGCGCAACUGUUCAACACGGGCUCAGCGCAAACGGCGUUGGCCACUUGCUGACACAGGACGCAGAGACGAGAUGUCGAAGCGGAGACAACCGAACCACAGACGACAGUUGUCGACGAGAGGAAGCCCCUGCGCCCACGCUUGCCGCCGCCUGGCGCAACAGCGGAGCAGAAAAGGCGAUGGAGGAUGUCGUUGACGGGACGCCGAGCGCGAAUGUGCUCGUCAGGCUCGAGAUGCGAAAGGGCUGCCCCAGACCCGAGGCAGCUGAGCGUCAGACUGUCGUCGCACCCCAUGGAAAGACCCACCUGUGUUGCGUGAUGGAGGGGACCUUCUCGACACCACGCAUCUUCGAGUCGAUCUUCUCGAGACCACAGGCCAUGAGUGCCGAGACGCACAUUCGCUUAGGAGAACCUUUUCGUCCUUGUGCGAAAUUCGUGCAGCAUUUCAACGGUGUGACGACGAUCCACGGAGCGACCGCAGAGGACUUCGACGAGGACCCAUGGAUGACCGUCGUUCCGUGCAGGGACGCGCAUCUUGGCGACUGGGGCGAGGGCAAUUGGGCCAGUAUGGAGAGUCACUGCCCUUGGGCAAGCCAGUACAAGUUCGCGAAUAUGUUGGAGUUCGGGGACCUCAUCCCACUGCCUGACGCCGUCCUCGGACAUAAGAAACUGGUCGACGCAGUUGUGCUCGUGUCGCGCAACGAGGUUGUGAUUGAAGGGUCCAAAUUCGUGCCGAUGCGUGGGCCUGAGCGUGUGGAUGGGUGGCCAGAUUUGGUGAUAGCAGACAAUAUGUCUUCGUCCAGGGGCGAAGGGGAGCCUGCAGCGACCUCCGGGAUGGGAUCUGGGAAAGAUUCUACAAAACGGUCGUCCACGACCUCGAGGACGUGGUCCGACCAUGCUAGGUCGAAAUGGUUCGUCAACUGGUGUUGUGCUGAUGCUACGAACCCAGUCCAACAGCCGUGUGGUCCUGUGAUCUUCGUCGAAGCCAACAAGCGCCGCAGGCUUCUGGGGUCUGUCUUGCGGUGGGAGAAUGCGAAAGGCAGUCGUCGACGGUUUUACAUGAAACAUGUGUACGGUUCGAAGGGGAACGUCGUCGCCGAUGCCAAGGGGGCAGUUCUCGACAUGUGUCUGUUCGAGGGGUUCGGAGCAGGUGCUGCAAACACCCCGUUCUACAACGACCUCCAGCGGCAGGGCGGGUUUGUUUUGGGUCGAGAGUUCUUCGACCUGUUGGAGGACAAGGGCAUCGCCCUCGACGUCCCUCGCGAAGUCGGUCCCGACCUGGAACUGUCAAUGCCUUUGCAGUCGUGCGGCGGUUGUGAGUCGAGCGGGGCAGCGGGGGAGGGGGGUGAUCUGGGUUCCGGGGAGGCUACACAUGUGCAGCGGGAGGAUGCCAGAGGUCAGUUUGACGACAGCGAAGAUGAGGCGACACCGCGUCCACCAUUUUUGCCGUCGAGGGAAAGAGACAGGUCCGUGUUGUCCAUACCUGGGGCCCGACAACAGACCGCAGCGGAUCCCGGAGAAGAGGGAGUCCUGUGUGGAUCUGACUUGGAGCCCGCCGAGGGCAAUGGCGCGGAAGGCGAGGCCGUGGGCGGGGAGGGAGCGCAGGGCACUCCCCAAAAAAGGAGGGGAGAAUGUCAAAAAGAGUUGGUGGGCUCUUCGAAGAAACAGAAGACCAAGACCCCGAGGACUGCGGGAGAGAAACGGAAAGGGAAGGGGGUGGAAGAGGGCCACCCGGGUAGCCAACGUCCAACUUCGAAACAUAAACAGCCUGAGUCGGGACCUUCUUCACCACGGCCUGCCAUCGAAGUGGACGCCGGGUACUUCCUGGAGUACAAAGACGGCGUCAGGACAGGGCGGGAGUUUGAGAUCAGCCCGGCUCAGAUCGUUGACAUAAGGGAGUGGGAGGAUCUUUACAACCAGCGGUCGCUAGAUCCCGUGGUGAAAAGCGAGGUCAAUUUGAGUGGGCACAAUUGUGAGUUCAUGGUCGUGAGGCCAACACGGGAUAAGGUGUGGAGCAAGAAGACGGAUAUGUGGUUCAAGUUGAGCGAGAGGAAGAGGAAUAAGAUAUACGAUUUCUUGUUCCUUCAAACGCGUCCGAGGAGGGACACUGACGCCGAGUACAUCCGCCGGAAGGACCACAUGUUAACACUGCUCGACAACUACCACUUCGCCUCCCGCAUGAACGCGAAGACGUUUAUCGAAAGGCUGCAGUCGCUGUACUUCGUGGAGUCCGAGGAGCAGUUGAAGUUAGCCAGUUACGCUUCCCUGAUCUUCACUGACUACGAGGAAGCCAUAGGUGUGGAGUUUGUCGCCAACGCGAAGGAGGAGGGGAGCGACACGGAGAGCAUCGACCUGCAGUACGACCCGCCUCCGGCGGACCACGGCCGAGGGUCCUCGUCGGCCGGUCCGUCACCAAGCGUUGCAGCCCUCGUGUCACCAUUGGCCAAACCGGCGCCGGGCACCACGCCGAUGAAGUUGUUGGAGAGACUUAGAGCUCUGGCCGCCCCCCCGCCCGCUUUGCGUCCCGGGUCCGUUGUCCCGCCCGAUCAUCCGUCUUGGAAGGAUGACAACAUCCACUUCCUGCUUGAACCACAACGUCAUUCACCUGAGCAAGACUGGGGCCAKRACAUGGUYURGCAUCCRGGARUCAUCCARCCAGCGAUAYGAAAUGGCGAGUGGGUCAUGGCCGUGGCAAUCCCGGGCGCGGGAUGGGUGUCAUUCCCACGCGAGUCGAAGUCCAACUUCCUGCACCUCGCGAGGAUUUCGGUCCUCCAGAAAGUGAAGGUCGAAAAUGACAUUUUAGCAACCGGCGACCUGUCCCUCAUUUCCACUGCCGGUCGACUGUUUGACGAGCUUCAGGACAAGUGCUGGUUGGAAUUGACGGAGGAUUACUACGAGCUCGACACGAGUCCGUCGAAGGGCGUGGUGGACUGGAAAGUGCCCCCUCCCAGUGGGCCGGACGGUGGUUCCGGGGGGGGGUCACCUGGAAGCGGAGGGGAUGGGGGUGGCGACGCAGGGGGUGGCAAAGGAAUCCCGCCUAUGGGGGAGAGAGGGUCUCACGGCCGCAACACGACAACGGGAGGCAGCGCCAGGGUGGCGGGUUUCGCCGUCGACCGGACUCCGUCGACAGGCACCCGGCCCGAGCACACGACACACUCCGCCGACCCCCAGACUUCGUCCGUGGGCUCAGCGAGGGACACGUUGGCAGCCUUGGUUGCUCUGGCCAUUCGCUCGGCCGGAAAGCCGAAGUCCACCGGGAUCCGAACUACGUCGGGUGAGGAGCCGCCAGAGCGGUCCGGAAUGCGAAGCUGCUCGGGGUCGGGGGAUCCAAGCACGAAUCGAGAAAUUCGCAGCAUUGCGGCGCGGGACGGAGACGUCGGAACGGUGUCGCCUGUGCGGGAGCGACGACCUCAAGGAUUGCAGCGGAAGGCUGGAAGUGCAGGGUCCGGCGACACGGAGACCACGAAGUCCGCCGAGAUCCGAACUUCUUCGGGCGGGGUUUGUCGGCCAGGGAUUGUCGUGCCGUUGAGAGGGGCAGCGUGCACGGGGACGGAAGGGUGGUCCUCGCGAUUCGGCACGAGUACCGCGGAAGGGGACGAGUUUCGUGGGAGGGAAGUAGGGGAGGAAACGGAGGAACAGAAGGGAGCGCAAGAAGGGGAGGAAGAAGGGGAAGAAGAGGUGGAAGGGGAGGAAGCGGGAGAAAUGGAGCUAAUUGAUUUGUUUGAAGGAAGGGAGGGUGCCGGGUCUGGAGAAGACGAAGUGGAACACAGUGAGGACGAUGCCGGAUCUGGAGAGUCGUCUGACGAGUUUGGACAACUGUACGGAGAGCAUCACGAGGAUGAUGUCGACGACGAUGCCACGGCAAUAGAGAUGGAGACACAAGUGGUCAGCAGCCUUUCCGCAGAGCCUGAAGAUUAUGCGGUCCGGCCACUGACGUCUGUUGUCGACUUGCAGCGCCGGUUCGACGAGGCUUCCGUCGCUAUCAGCCCGUCUGAAAAAAGUCAACGUAUAAGCAUCGACGAAGUUAUCGACGGUAUCCUUGGCGACCACAACGUGUCUGCCUGUCCGUCCGCAACUGCCAACGUCGCAUCUUCCGUGGCAGCUGCCCUCGCUUCGUCGCCGCCGAAGUCUCUGGUGCUGCAGGCCACCCUUGCCGCCGAAGGGGAAGGCGAGUGCGGUGGAGGACAGCAUUUGACGUCCCAAAAAAAAUCGAGGUUCGGCCGUCAGGCUCUCGACGUGCUCGCUUUGCCUGCGCCAAAUUCACCAUCAAAGGAGCGGAGAGAGAAACAAACUGGUAAGCCUUGAAGAACGCCUGCGCAUCCGGAUGUC